AUGAACACACUGCCCACCAGUCAACAGCCAACAAGUGUCACUGACUGGCUAGACCAUUUUACGGAAGAACAAAUUCAAGAAUUUCGACAAGCCUUUCUUCUCUACGAUAAAGAUUCAGACGGUGCCAUCAGCCCCAAAGUGCUCGGAAGUGCAAUGAGAACACUCGGGCAAAAUCCCACUGAAGAUGAACUUAAAGGAUUAAUUAAUGAAUUUGAUUGUGAAGGUAAAGGACUCAUUGAUUUCGAUGAAUUUCUUCAAAUGAUGGCAAAACGAGCCAAGGAACACAACGAAGAAGAUGAAUUAAGAGAAGCGUUUCGUGUCUUCGAUAAAAAUGGAAAUGGCUUUAUUAAAGUAGCUGAAUUAAGACAUGUCAUGACCAAUUUGGGCGAACAAUUUUCCGACGAUGAAGUCGAUGAAAUUUUACGUGAAAUCGAUACUACUGGUAAAGGAAUCAUUCGAUAUGAAGAAGUUGUCAAAAUGGUUCUUGGAAAAUAA